AGGCGUAGGCAGUGCCAUAUUAGCUGGUGAAUCACAGACAGAAAUCCUGCACUGUAUGCCCGGGGGCAUGGUGCGGCAGAGAAGAGCUGUUCUGGCGUCUGACGACCUCAAAGAAACGCACGACAUCCCAGCGACAGCUACACCUGCAAGCAAACCCCGGGGUUCAGAAAUGGACUAUCAAGCGCCUUCCUCGCGGAGGAGGAGAUGCACAAAGCCGCUGCUCCUGGGCGCCUGUGUCCUGCUCUUGCUGUUGAUCGUGGGCAUUUGCCUGGGGAUCGAGUUCAGCGGCGCAGUUCCUUCCAACAAGGACUUCAAAACUGUGACAAUCUCUAAAUGCAAAGAAUUCUUGAAAAAUACCUCAAGUGAGAAUAAAUGUGAGGAGGUGUGGGAUGCUUUCUCAAAGGCCUACGUGGGGAAGGACCCCUGUGAGGUUCCCAUGGAGGCCUACGACCCCCUCAUGCAGACCGUCAGAGAGAAAGACGCCUGUAACAGAAUGUUGCUCUGGAGCAAAACAAAGCUCUUUGUCCGCCAGCUCAGAGAGGCCCAGAAAUGUCUGCCGAAACUGCUGGCCCUGGAGGACACACUGCUGGGCUUCGUCAUGGACGGCCAGACCUGGUGCAGCAAGAAGGGCAGCAAAGAAACCUUCACCAAAGGCUGUCCCAAAUCAGAUAAGUGUGAGAGGAAUCCGGUCCGGUCCUUCUGGAACCGAGCCUCAGAAGCAUUUUCCCAGGCAGCUUGUGGUGAAGUCACUGCGAUGCUGAAUGGGUCAAUAAGCACACCUUUCAAUAACAACAGCAUAUUCGCCAGCAUUGAAGUCAAGCAGUUGAGCCCCCCCCAAGUGAAGGCCUUGAGCGUCAUCCUGGUCACCACAGGAAAUGACAAGGAAACGUGUGAAAACGAUUCUCUGAGAACUCUGCAAAAUGCUGCUUUGGACCGAGAGCUGGAGUACACCUGCAAAGAGCUGGAUGGGUCCAAAAUCUUGGAUUGCAUCUCAGAUCCCGACAGGCCCUGUGGUGACUGCUGGUGACGCAAUGAGGGAUGUGAGAGGCGGGGCCCCCCAGCAGCUUGUCCAAUCAGAAUGUCUGAUUCAGAAAAGGGCCGUUGGGGGGGCGUUGGCAUCCUUGGUGGUGGUCAGUGAGGCAGUGUUGCACACACACACACACACACACACACACACACACACACACACACUCUCUCACACACACACACACACACACACACUCUCACACACACACACACACACUCACACACACACUCACACACACACACACACACACACACACUCACACACUCACACUCACACACACACUCUCACACACACACUCACACACACACUCACACACACACACACACACACACACACACACACACACACACACACACACAUUGGUGAUGGUCAGUGAGGCAGUGUUGCACACACACACACACACACACGUUGGUGGUGGUCAGUGAGGCGGUGUUGCAAGGCUGUGGAACAGAGCCCAGCUUGUGUUUGGUGAUGGGUGGGGGUUUGGGUGUAGGCAGAUUAACUAAUAGAGUAAUAAGUUACUAGAAAUCAUUUCUAAUUAAGAGAUCCAAUGAAAGAACUGUGAACAAAAGGACAAAAGGUUACCGAUGCUGCAGCAACAAGUUCGACAGUGUAGGUCGAACAAACUCCCCAUUGAAGUCAGAACUGUAGAAUCUCUUCCCACCUUCAAGCGUACCUUCAAGCAGCACCUCUCCCCAUCCCUACCUACCUCCCUGUGAACCUUAAUUGUUGUCUUUCUGUGAUUUACUUUUUUGUGUAUCAGUAUUUUUAGUUUGGCUAGGUAAGCAGUGUUUGGCUAGUCAAGGGGUUUGGUCAUACUUUUGCGUUUUGUUUGUUUGUUCUUCUGUAAAAAACCCCAAAAAGAAAUUCAAAUUGGCCCUGGUCCUUAUCUUUGUUGUACUGGUAGCAGUUGAAAUUUUACUUCCCGCUAUGUCUUUCAGCGAACUUAUCCCUGGUUAUGGGUAUGCACUUUGUUGUACGUCGCUCUGGAUAAGAGCGUCUGCCAAAUGCCAUUAAUGUAAUGUAAUGUAAUGUCGA